ACAAGAAUGGCGUCAUUGGAAACAACCUGCUAGGAAAAAAGCAAAGUUCAUUCGUUUGUGUAGAAAUAAAUUUCCUUCUAAACAUUAGGCUCGUAGUGAUCUAAGUAAAGAUAGGAAGAUGGCUGCUGUAAAUGACAAGAAAAGUGAGAAAUCUAAACAAGAUUAUUAUGAUACUAAGCAACAAGCUAUGGAAUAUUAUUCUGAAAAUGGUGUUCCUAUAAAAAUGGAGGAGAUAUUGAAUUCAAUGUUUUAUGAUAAUCCUUAUGAUGUUUAUGGAUAUCUGGCUAAUUAUUUUGAGAAAUAUGCAAAGACACCUUCUAUUACAAAGAUAAAGUCAAGGACUGCUUUAGAUAGUAGAGGACAACCUUCAUUACAGACAUCAGUCUACUGUACUGUUAAAAAUAUAGAAAAGUGUUUAGCUACAGUAGUCAGCUCUAAUCCACAACCUCAUGUAUUAGAUAAUGGUAAAACUGAAGAUAAAGAAAAAGAAGAACAGGAAAGGAAAGAAGAUAUUGAAGCUGGUAUUGAAUUAAUAGAAAGUGAAAUUAGUGAGAAAUUAAAGGAACUUGAUCCUUGCCAUCAACAAGAAAUUGAUCAAUUAUUAUAUGAUUUUAUCAGUCAGAAGAAAGCUGAAAAAGAUGCUGAAGCAUCAAGUAAUGAUGAAAAUAAAAGUCCAUCACCUCAACCAGCAGUUCCUCCUUCUGUUGAUUCUCCUAGUAAAAAGAAGUUAGCAUCUGGAAAGAAAGGUAAAGCAGCAAGUGUCAUAAUAGUUGUACCUGAUGAACCAAGGGAAGGCUUUCUAUCAGGCUCCAGUAUAGUUAGUAGCUUAAGUCAAGCUAUAUGUUGUACUGGUGCUUCAAUAAGUAAUCAACCCCUAUACCAAUACAUAGCAUCAUUAUUUAAUAAAUCAACAGACAAAUACCAUCUUCCGUUACCAAUGACAACUAUACUGCAAGCUGGAAAAGCCUCAUCAGGGAAACUGAAAUGUGUGAAAGAAUUUAUGUUAAUACCAAAGCCUUCUAUGUCUGUAUCAGAGGCUAUGAAUUAUAUUCAAGAAAUUUAUAAUCAUAUUGGUAAAAGUUUCUUACAUAAAAGUGGAGUGAGUGGUAGAUAUGUAAAUGAUAUAGGAGCUUUAUGUCCUAUAUUAGAAAAGGUUGAACAAGGUUUAGAUUUGUUACAAGAAGCUAUUACAUCAGUUGGUUAACACCAGGAGAAGAUUUUAAUAUAGCAUUAAAUAUUGCAGCUCAUGAAAUGUUUGAGUUUGAUAAAGGUAAAUAUGAGAUAACAACAGGACAGUUAAAAUCACCUGAUGAUUUGGUAGAGUUCUGGGUUGAUAUUAUUACUAGAUAUCCUGCUAUUAUAGCUCUAAUAGAUCCACUCAGAAAACAGGAACGUGCCCAGUGGAUGAAGUUAUGUGACAGAAUAUCAGAGCAAUGUUAUAUAAUAGGAGAUUAUGUUUACCAUAGACCUGGACUUUUACAAUCAGAAGAACUAACAGAGAAUUUUCAAGCUAGUGGCAUAGUAUACAAGUUACAACAUAUGAACACUUUAACUGAUAUUCAUACAUGUCAACUUAAAAUGGAAGAAGCCAAUAAUCUAACAGUAAUAACAACUAACCAGGGAGAUACAUCAGAUAGUUUUAUAGUUGAUCUAGCUGUUGGAUUACAUGCUAAAUUUAUCAAGAUAGGAGCACCUUCUCGAGGUGAGAGAGUCAUGAAGUUUAAUAGGCUAGUUCAAAUAGAGGAUGAACUGAAAGAGAAUGAUAAAUACUGUUGUCAUGAUGAACAUGUGUUCCAUAAAAUUGACCUCCCUCCUCAACCAGAAACAGAUGAACACACACCGUCCAAUUCACCUUCACCAAAAAAAGAUGGCAAGAAGAAAUAACUCUGUAUGUUUUGUUAUUUAUUAGUUGACUGUGAUAAUUUAUAAACCUGUAUAAUAAAAUAUAUUAAUAACUAGAAACCCUUUUUAUUUCCUCAGCUUGUUUGAUACAAAGAUAAAAAGUAGUAAGUUUGGUAAAAAUAUGAUGCUCCCAGUCUGUUUUUUGAAAAUAUUACAACUUUCUAAAGUGUAAAUCAACCAGAGAUCAAAAACAGAAAUAUGAAAAAAUAUUGGAUACCAGUACUUGAUCUUUAGAAACCUGUCAGAUAUAUAAAUAUAAUGCUCUCAGGUUUCCAUGGAUCACAGACUGUCAGGUUUCUAAAAUAAUAGGACACCAGUGUUUGAUCUUUUGAGACUGGUUCUAUUUCUAAAAAUAUAAGGUGAUCAAAGACUGUGAGCUUUCUAAUAAAUAUAAGGCUAUCAGUCUUUGUUCUUUGGAAACCUGUCAUCUUUCUUAUAUACUCAUAUUCAUGUUUUGCCUCAUCCUAUGUGCAUAAAUAUCUUUGCUUAAAUAUAACAAGAAACUAUAUAGGCCUACAAGCCAGUAUAAAAUGUAAUAUAUAUAAUAUAAAAGCUGAUAUAAAAUAGUUUAUAACAGUUAAAUAAUUAUAAAAAACAAUAGAAAUGUAGGUAGUUUAAAAAUUGUGUAAGUUAUGAAAAAGCACAUAUU